CGCCGGUAGCGGUGGGUAGGUACAGUAGCAGUUGAAACUUGUUUCAACAAAACUCCGUUAAACUAGCUGUACACCGUUCAACGCAAAACAUUCAGAAUUUAGCAGUGCUGUUGUAGUGUGUCUCGGCCUUUUUUAUUUUAGCUGUAAAGAUAAUGAGAUAAGUCAUCUACGGUAUAAUAAUGAAGUGGCUUUCUGUUAUUUUAUUGGUUGUUUGCACAGUGCAGUGCGCACCAUCCGGGCAAGAGAAUUCAUCCAGAGACGUGGACUGUGCGGCACUAGAGGAGUCGUGUACAGAGUACUGGAAUUAUUGGCUCAUCGGCGACGAUUUCAUUCAAAACCUACCUUGGCCCCUAACCGCCCAAGAUAUCAGUCGGUACACUCCCUUAACGCAAGAGUACUGCCGAAAUGCCAAAGGAGCGGGAUCUUGUGUUCGCGAUAUGAUUUCUAAUUGUCAGCACAUAUCAACUGCCACCACCUUUCGCGACAAAUCGGCUCAAGGCGAAUCAUAUACCGCUCUGGGGAAUUUAUGCGAAUCGGUAGACGCCCUACAGUUUUUCGCUGUGCAGGAAUGCGUACGAAGAAAAAGCAUGGCAGAUGUCAUCGAAUUCGAGCCCCAGGGAACCGAGAAUCAGUCACGGGAUGCCUUUUAUUCACAACUUUGCACAAACAUGAAGAAUAUUGCCGACAAACUGAAAGUGAACGGUUUCGAAAGAGACAACAUUGCGGAAAAGUGUGGGCUGGACGCUGCACCGGUGUUAAGUACGGGAUUUGAAAAGUUUUAUAUCGCGUACGAUUGUCCUCGGCGUAUGCAAGGGUAAUGAUGAUAAAGUAUAAAAAGUGCUGUUACGUUAUGAUAUUAUUGGUCCGUCUCUGAGGCUCUCUGCUAGCCAGCAUAAGCGAGUACAUUUCUUUUGUCCAUCUACAUAGACUUUACUCGUGAGCCCGACCAUUAGAAUAUACACUGUAUCAUUCUUUCUAUGAACGGCCGAGCAAAGUUAGUGUUGCAAUAAAGAUAAAAAACUACUUGAUAUGGAA